CCGGCCCUUUGACGGCUAACUUCACGCGCCUGUCAUUAAAAGCGCGGCGUGUCGGCUUAAAAUAGGGCAUUCGGAAACUUAGUAGCUAGUUGUGUUUUCUGAGGCUUGUUCAUCGGCCGUUAUUAUGGUUCGCGAAGUGAAAAACCUGGAAGAGUUCCAGAGCAUCCUGAAGGAAGCUGGAGACAAGCUGGUGGUGGUGGACUUCACAGCCACAUGGUGCGGCCCCUGCAAACAGAUUGCCCCACUGUUUGCUCAAAUGGCGGCUGAUGACGAGAACAAGAACGUGAUUUUCCUGAAGGUGGACGUCGAUGAGGCAGAGGAUGUGAGCUCAUCUUGUGGAAUCAACUGCAUGCCCACCUUCCACUUUUACAAGAAUAACCAGAAGGUACACGAGUUCUCCGGUGCCAACGUAGUCACGCUAAAGGAAAAAGUAAAAGAGCUGAGAUAAGAAGUCCAGUUGACACAGCCAUGAUGUAAAAGGAGGAGGAAAAAUGCCUCAUAGUAGAAGCUGUUACCCUCUGUACAUUCCUCAUAUCUAUCAAGUCUAUCCCAAACAGGCAAUAAUAUAUCCACAUAUCCCAUAAUAGUUUAGUGUGUCUGUGUUAACAACAGGCUGAACUAUGAAGCCGAUCACUACUUUAAUUCUGUUUUUUAUUAUGACCAUUUGGCUUCGCUCCUAAACUCCUUUGUAUGUUAAUGUGCUCGAUAAGGUGGUUUUAAUAAAUGAACUGCAAUUAA